CUGAAAAUAAGAUAUACUUCCGAGUUAAAUUUGAAAAAUAUCAUGGCUCAGAUUAGCGUUAGCAAAAAAGUUAUGAUUACUCCAAAAGCAAGAAAUCCUGCUAACAGCAUUAAGAUUUCGGGCGCUAAGAAUGCAGCUCUUCCUUUAAUGGCUGCUAGUAUUUUGACUGAUGAAGAGAUCACUUUAAAAAAUGUUCCUGUUAUCAGCGAUGUUCAUGUCAUGAAGUCACAUUUAGAAUCAUACGGGGUUACUGUAAACUUUGACCACAGUUCUCACGUAAUGAAACUUCGGGCUGCGGGAAGAUGCAUGCAUAUGCCAUCAAAUAGUGAACGUUCUCUAAUAAGAGCAUCUUUCACUGUCCUAGGUCCACUCAUAGCUCGUUUUAAAGACACAAAAGUGGGUCUCCCAGGCGGAGAUAAUAUUGGUGGUUCUCAAGGCCGUCCAAUCAACUAUCACGUAGAAGCAUUGAAGAAAAUGGGAGCAACUUUAGUGUCGCAAGAUAAUUUCGUACAUUUAACCGCGCGUCAAGGAUUGAAGGGUGCAAGGAUUGAGCUACAAAAUAUUUCCGUUGGUGCUACCCAAAACAUUGUGAUGGCAGCUUGUCUUGCUGAGGGAACGACUGAAAUUCUCAAUGCAGCAAUGGAGCCGGAGGUUAGAGCACUAAUAGAUAUGUUGGAGAAGAUGAAUAUGAAUGGGAGUAUAGUUGUUGACGAAACUGGAAAGAUGAUCACAAUACAAGGAAGUGGAGGCAAACUAUUAAAUGGUUGCGAGUUUGAAGUGAUUCCAGAUCGAAUUGAAGCAGGGACUUGGGCGAUUGCUGCUGCAGUUACCAGUCAUUCAAUGCUUUUGACGAUGGAAACAGCUGCUGGAAUGAAAAUCAUGAAAAAUAUAAUCGAAAAACUUGAUCUUGCUGGAGUGAAAUGUAAAUGGACACAGAAUGGUUUACAGGUUCAACCUUCUCGAAUGAUCAACCCGGUAAACGUUACAGCCGAGCCUUAUCCUGGAUUUCCAACCGAUCUCAUACCCCAAUGGGUAACUCUCAUGACAUUGGCUAAUGGUUCUUCCACUGUCAAAGAUAAUGUCUUCAAAGAUCGCUUCAAGCAUGUGAAAGAUCUGAAGAAUAUGGGUGCAAACAUCCAGCAGUUGCCAACACAAGAAUUUAAAAUUUUUGGAGUUGGAAAGUUAAAAAGACGUACAGACUUGAGAGCAACUGAUCUCAGAGCCGGAGCAGCGCUUGCGUUGGCAGCCCUAGCAGCUGAUGGUCCAACGAUGAUACUAGAAUUCCAACACCUUGAACGAGGUUAUGAAAAAGUGAUGGAGAAAAUUCGUCAAUUUGGAGCUGGUGUGGAUGAGGACAAGUCUAAACCGCGCUCUGGCUUCCAUGGUAGCGCUUAAUUUUCCUUUGUUCAUUAGAACGUUAAUGUUUAUCAACUAUCAUAAUUAAUUCUUGUUAUUUUCACUUCUAAUAAUUGUAAAGAAGUAACUACAUGCCCAUUUUGAAAGAUAUGAAUUUACUUCGAACAAUCAUUUUCUCUGAACUAUGUCAUAAAUUUGUUGUUAAUAAAUUUUAUUGCAAUGUAGUAUGGCUGAAUUCCAUAAAACUAGUAUUAACAUUAUAGUAAAAUUUAUAUCCUUGAUUGUUACAAUCUAUCAAGCACAUAAAUUCUGUUAACUAGUUAUUUCAUCAAAAUCAUGUCUGUUUUUGCAAAAUUUGAAUAAUGAAGUAUAAACAAAUGGGAAAACCCGCAUCAGUAAAAUAUGUCGUAAUUUAUCUCAGCGAGAAUAAAUUAUAGAUUUUGUUGUUUACUCCACGGCGGCAGCGUCGGAGAUGGCGAUCUUUAUCCUGUUUUACUUGCAUUCGGAUUUGUUAAGAAAGAAAAUAAAAGACUCAAUCUAGCCAUGCUCCAAUCUAAGAAAAGUUUUAAAUUCAUCACAACUAGAAUAAUAUUAUUACUAAUGUGUAAAAAAUCCCCUUAUUGUAAUGAGAUGAUGUCAGUGUCAAUUUGGCGCGAUUACACAAAAAAUUAAUUCAUUGCUUGCUUGGCGAUUUUUUUCCUGACUCACACUCGGGAACAGAAACCAAAAAAAUCCCUAAUUGACAUUACAAUUUUUCCCAAAUUAGAAAAUCCCUUGCCUGUAUUUGCCUAUAAAAGCACGAACAUUUUCCACACACUAUCAUACCACUAAAAUCGAGCGAAAAUUUUGAGAGAAGUAAACACAAGAGACAUACUUGGCAGAUUUGAAAAAUUUUGUUGCAAUAAUGGCCGAAGUUAUGAUUACUGGAAAACGUCCUCUUAAAGGAGAAAUAAAAAUUUCUGGGUCGAAAAAUGCCGUACUCCCAGAAAUGGCAGCUUGUCUUUUGACCGAAGAAAAAGUUGUUUUGACAAAUGUGCCUGAGAUAAGCGACAAAGAAGAAAUGAUCAAAACGUUACAAAGUUACCAAGUUUCGGUAAAUUCUUCAAGCGAUAAGUUAGAGAUUCAAGCAGGGAAUUUGUCAGAUCGACCAUCUGAAAAUGCUGGAGAUAAAACUCGUGCAUCUUUUCUCGUGUUGGGUCCACUCUUAGCAAGAAAAGAGAAGCUCUUGUUUAUAAACCAGGUGGUUGCUCACUUCAAAAUGAUGGACGACCUGUCGAUUUUCACAUUGAAGCCAUGAAAGAAAUGGGUGCCGAACUCGUUGAAGAAACCACAAACAAGGUAUUGAUGAAGGCGACGCAUGGCCUGAAACCAGCGACAAUAACUUUUCCUAAAAGUUCAGUUGGUGCAACCCAAACGGUUAUGAUGGCGGCUAGUCUUAGUGAAAGGCGAAACAGUUAUCAGGCAUGCAGCCAUUGAACCUGAAGUGUUGGAUCUAGCAGAGAUGCUGAAAAAAUGGGUGCUAAGAUCAUUAUCAAAGAGAAUGUCUUAAUUCAGGAAAGAAUCACAGAGUUUGAUAUAAGUGAAUACAUAUCAACGUGGAAUGUUAUAAUAGUGCGAGGGCGCAAUUCUCUUCGUGGUGUAAGACAUGAAGUAAUGCCUGAUCGUAUUGAAUUUGGAACUUACGCCAUCGCUGCAGCUAUGAAUAAAGGCUCCAUUCUGUUGAAAGUAAAAGAAGAAAUGCAGGAGAAAAUGCUAAAGUCAAUUGAAAAACCUUUGUAUCAGGCAGGAGUGAAAAUAACCCGUGAGCAUAAUGGUGUUAGAGUCUCGUUGCCAGGCAACGACAUCGAGCCUGCUGAUAUCGAAACAGGUCCAUAUCCUUCCUUUCCCACAGAUCUUUUGCCACAAUGGGUCACCUUCAUGACGCAAGCACGACCAACACAUUGUAAGCCUUAUUCCACCAUCAAAGAAAACAUCUGGAACAGUCGUUUCAAUUUAUCGAUGGUUUAAGAAAGCUUGGUGCAAAAUUUAUCGAGUUAAUGACCAUGAAUAUCAGGUUAAAGCAGGCACUCCACUUACUGGGGAUCAUGUACAGGCAACAGAUCUGCGCGGGGGAGCCGCACUUGUGCUGGCUGGUCUGGUUGCUCAAGGUAGCACGGUGGUCAAAAAUUUUGAACAUAUCAAGCGUGGCUACCCGGAUAUGAUAGGAAAAUUGAAUGGAUGUGGUGCUAAACUGGAAAUUUUAAAACCACCUCGUCAUGGAUUUCAUGGAGGGCCCGAAGGUCAGUUUUCUCGUCUUCGCAUCGACUGAAAUGGUCAAGUCAAGCAUUUAUGAAAUUUGCCGACUCAUUGUCAACAAAAAACUUUCAUUUUAUAUACUUCAUUUUACUUUUUUUUGACUUUUGUUAUUCUUUACAUUACUGUAGAUGCAAUUGUGUCAUGGUUCAAAAUCAUGAUGUAAUUAGUUGUGCAUCGAGUAUUUAGUUAUUUUUAUGUUGAUUGCAUUAAUGAAAACAUGUAGUGACUUUUACUGUAGCAAAUUAAAUAAAGUACUGAAUUAAAUAAAGUGCGUCUAAAUUGA